UUGGAACCGAUUGGCUGGAGUAGAACAGCGCGAAAAAUACAAAAACUAUAAUUGCCGGCAAAAUGCGCCAGAACAGUCAUUCAUUCAAUACAGUUCCAGUAGUUAGUAGCUAGUGUCUAUUUAGCGGUACCAAUAUUACUUCGUAUUUUAAGUUUCUUACUUUUUAUCUGCACUUUAUCUUUAUACAGCUAUCAAGCUACCAAGUGGGCGAGUCACUGCAUUAUCCAUCAUCAUUAUUUUAAACUACGAGUGAGAAAACAAAGAUGCUGUCUUCAAACCCUGCAAACCCGACACCACUCUCACCAAAAAAAGAAAACCAACGUAUCAACGACGAAAACACCCCACCUUCGUUCAGCAAAACGCGGAUACUGGCCUCUCAAACGGCUCGCAAGAUUUUGGCGGAUGCGAGCAACACUAACACUAAGAACCAGAAGAGUCUAUCAUCCAGUCGCACAGAGAAACUGAAACGUCUUGUCGACAUAAAGGACGAACCGUUACUUCGUGACAACCCCAGACGGUUUGUCAUCUUCCCCAUCCAAUAUCACGACAUAUGGCAAAUGUACAAGAAGGCGGAAGCUUCCUUCUGGACCGCGGAAGAGGUUGACCUGUCCAAGGACAUGCAGCAUUGGGAGGGUCUGAAGCAGGAGGAGCGCUUCUUCAUCUCCCACGUGCUGGCCUUCUUCGCUGCCAGCGACGGCAUCGUCAACGAGAACCUGGUGGAGCGCUUCAGCAAGGAGGUGCAGGUGACGGAAGCCCGCUGUUUCUACGGUUUCCAGAUCGCCAUGGAGAACAUACACUCUGAGAUGUACAGCCUGCUGAUCGACACCUACAUCAAGGACUCUGCUGAGAGGGAGUUCCUGUUCAACGCCAUCGAGACGCUGCCCUGUGUGAGGAAGAAAGCUGAUUGGGCCAUGCGCUGGAUCGGUGACAGCGAUGCCUCUUUCGGCGAGCGUGUGGUGGCGUUCGCGGCUGUGGAAGGGAUCUUUUUCUCCGGUUCGUUUGCCGCCAUCUUCUGGCUGAAGAAACGAGGCCUCAUGCCGGGCCUGACCUUCUCCAACGAGCUCAUCAGCCGAGACGAGGGCCUGCACUGUGACUUUGCCUGCCUCAUGUUCAGCCACCUGCGGCAGCGCCCGUCGGAGACGCGGGUGAAGGAGGUGAUCAUGGACGCCGUGGCCAUCGAGCAGGAGUUCCUGACCGGGGCGCUGCCCGUCAGCCUGAUCGGGAUGAACUGCACGCUCAUGAAGAGCUACAUCCAGUUUGUGGCCGACCGCCUGCUGCUGGAGCUGGGCUUCAGCAAGAUGUACAAUGUGGAGAACCCCUUCGACUUCAUGGAGAACAUCUCCCUGGAGGGGAAGACCAACUUCUUUGAGAAGCGUGUGGGGGAGUACCAGAAGAUGGGGGUCAUGUCCAAGGCUGUGGACAACACCUUCACUCUGGAAGCUGACUUCUAAAAACCUGCUCCAGAGGACCCAGUUAACUGCCCUCUAACCUCCCAUGCUUUUUAAACGCCAUUUCUCUUAAGCGCAAUGAUUUUUUACUAUGUAGAUAAAUGAAAAUAGCUUUUUGCAGGUUGUAUAGCCCCCUAGUAUUUUAAGAGGAUGUGUUUGUAAAUAUUUAGGCUGUAUGGACUGGAUUUGUAAAGAAAUUUUUAUUUGCUAUAUACCUUUCCACCAGUGCUCAGCUUGCUCAGAUAAGCACUACUAAUGUUCACAAAGGGCUUGAUGGGAGAUGUAGGCCACAAGCGAUCAGUGUUCAACCUGUCUUCCUGACUUCAACUCCCGGUCUAUCCUCUGCCAAAAGUAUCUGCUUAUAGUUCGUCUGAUCUCUUGCAGGAGCAAUCAAAUCCUUUGAUGCUGUUUAUUCUGGGGGUUUUUUAAAUAUUGCAUUAAGCAUUUAGUGUAAGAAAGUUGAUGCCAAAUGCAUUGGAAUUCAGUCUUUAAAUGUACAUAUCUUGUAAAUGUAGUUUUAAUAUUUUGUAUAGAAAAUAUUUAUAAUAAAUAACACUGAGUGCAAGUGAAAAAGGUG